UUUGAACUCCGACGGUUCUUCCAAAGUCGAUCACGUAUUGUAUUUAUGUUAAUAAUUGAUCAACUGAUCAAGUGAUCGGAUUUAUGGAGGAUCAAAAUUACUUCGUUAAUUUGAUGGAUUUCAUCAAUAAACCGGCUUUGAUCGAAACAUUCGUCGACAUUUUCUUUUGUGCGGUCCCGAUUUGGGUGGCGGUGAUGGUCGGGGUUGUGAUCGGAUGGGCCUGGACGCCACGGUGGACCAGCCUUGUAUUUUUAGGUUUUCGUUCGAAGUUGCGAGGGUUCGCUUGGACGGCUCCACCAGGUUUUGGUGCUCGCCGCCUCUGGCUAGCCUUCACCGCGCUUUCUGCGUUUUCUGUUGGCCGCAGGCUGUGGUCAAACUUUAGGGAGAAGGAGCGGAAGGAUGACCAGUCGCCGUUGCGUGCGGUGGAGGGAGGGGAGUCGUUGCCGGCCCUUCAGUACGUUGACGAAAGUGGCGUUGACAUCAAGUGCAGCAUUGUAAACUCAGGAGGAGACCAUGAUGUUGUCACGGAGAAGGAUCUAGAAUAUUUGUUGCAGCUUCUUGAUGGUAAGGAUGCAGUUUGGCAGAGUAUGAUGGAACGCUCCACCUCCAACAUGGCUUGUCAAGCUUGGCGCUAUGAGCCGGAGACUGGCCCUGUUGUGUACCGUAGCAGAACUGUUUUUGAAGAUGCAACACCUGAGUUAGUUAGAGAUUUUUUCUGGGAUGACGAGUUUCGACCUAAAUGGGAUCCGAUGCUGACUUACUUCAAGAUAUUGGAAGAGUGUCCUCAUACUGGGACGAUGAUUGUCCACUGGAUAAAAAAGUUCCCCUUUUUUUGCAGUGAUAGAGAAUAUAUCAUUGGUCGUAGGAUAUGGGAAGCUGGGAAGAAUUACUACUGCGUUACAAAGGGAGUGCCGUAUCCAGCUCUGCGGCGGCGUGACAAGCCGAGGCGUGUUGACCAUUACUUCUCGAGCUGGGUGAUCAGGCCUGUGCAAUCCCGAAAAGGAGACGGAGUGCUUUCGUCAUGUGAAGUAAUACUGUUGCAUUGUGAAGACAUGGGAAUCCCUCGAGAUGUGGCUAAGUUAGGCGUCCGUCAUGGAAUGUGGGGAACCGUGAAGAAGCUGCAUGGUGGCUUCCGAGCUUAUCAGAACGCACGGAAACAAGACGCAUCCAUCUCGAGAUGUGCGCUAAUGGCAACAAUCGCCACCAAGAUUUCCUUCGACGGUGGUGUCGAGUCGGUGCCUGGAGAGCAAAAAACCGGAGACGUCAGCACAAGAGGCGGCAAUGGCAAUGACAAUGGCAAUGUGGGUGGUGGCGGAGGUGGAGUGGACUGGCGGUGGUUGGCGGUGGGUUUGGCAGUGGCGGUGGUUUGUGGAGUUCGUACGGGAGCCAUAGGGAAAGUAGUGUUGGUUGGUGCAGGGCAAAGAUUUGGUCGGAGGAGGUUAUAAAAAGGGCAUGUGAUGUUGCGACCUAUGUUUUCCGUGGUUGAGGAAGGAUGAUAUAGAGAGAUAUAUAAUCAAUAAGUAUGGUCAUGAUUUGAAUUUUUGUAUACAAGUAUCUGAUGAUAAUUUCCUUUAUUCAAUCCAUAUUUUAUAUAUAACGCUAAUAUAUUUAUGU